ACCCACGCCAACUGACGGCAGUUCCAAAUUAACGGUCAAACAUGAAAUCUCAACUAGUUGUGCUUAUUGUGUGCUUGGCUGCCAUAAGCGUCGCCGAGGAGCAGCAAUCGGAGCAGCAAGCAGUGGCGUCUAAGCGCGUGGAGCCCGGAGAGAACCCAAGCAACGCCCCAAUACGUCGCAUUCUGGAGGAGAAUAACGAGGCACUGCAAAAAUUGGACAUUCAAGCACAUAGCAUUAGCAACUCCCAGAAGGGUAUUGAGAACAAGCUGAGACUGCUGGGCCAGGAUGUAGCCGGCAUUGGCCGCUUGGAGGAUGGACUAAAGAAACUGGAGCGUGUCUCGGAGAGCAACUUUCAGCAAACAGCCAAUGGCAUCAGGAACCUGGCGGCCAGCAUCAGAGCCGCCGAGAAUAGAACCGACAGGGCUAUCGUGAGCCUGGGACGCGGCCAGCAGGAUAUCAAGCAGGUGCUCGUCAAGGUGGAUGCCAACCAAAACAGAUAUGAGCGUAACCUAGAUCAGGUAGCCAGGUCGGUGCACCAGCACCUAUCCAGUCUGGAUAAUUUGGUUAAACAGUCGGUGCUCAAGGAGCUGGUGGCGCUUGUGCAACUCGCCAAGAAGCUGGACCAUGCACAACGCCACAUUGAGGGCAAGGUGAACCAUUUGGAUGAGCUGACGGCGCUGAGCAGCAUUACGGCCAAUAAAGUGCAACAUCUGGAGCAGGGCUUGCGCUCCAUAAACAGCACACAGCAGCGCCAAUUGGCGGCCAUUGGGCAGACAGUGCAGCAGGUGGGCGCCACCACCUGGCAGAUUGACAAUAAGCUGGGUGUGCUCUUAAGCACGCAGAAGAACAUUGAGCGUGCGCUGGUGGAGUGCAAGAAAAGUCAACCCGAGCACAAGGAUCACCCAAAGCUGCCAGAGCACCCACAAGAGCACUGGGAACAGCCUGCCUUCGUAACUUACGAGAACAAGGAUCAACACAAAACGCCCUCGAAGCCAGACUACGAUAGCGGCUAUACCAAUGCGGAUGAGGCUUCCUAUCUGUACCAGCUCUGGUAUGGCAAGGAUGAUAAAUAGAUGAGCAUAUCUUCUUGCCCUUGCAGUGCAUAUUAAAGUUAGUCCUUAUAGAAGUUGAGACAUUCGUUGCCAUCAUGUUUAUAAAAUGCGUUUUAGGACUCCGUCAGUAGUCGAUAUACCCAGCUACAGUUAGGAUCAAUGUAACUUAAAGAUAGCUAUAUUAACAAUCUUUAGCAAAUUGAUUUGCUGUAUAUACAUAUUUAAUUACAUCCAUCCGCUAAUUGGGUAUAAAUAUAACGAAAGGGUUUUAAAACGGAUAUUUAUAUAGGCAUAAUAAUUCUUAAAAGCAUUUCAAAUCUUUGAUAUUGAUAAACAUCUAUAGAUAAUCUUCUUUUAACUUAUCUUAAAGAUAUAAUUAUCACUGCAAGCGGAAAAAGUCCUUGGCAUUCCAAUAGUUCUUGUUCUUUGUCGUUUAUUUUUUAACAUUUCCCUGUUUAGAAAAAUGUAUUUAACAACAAUUAUAGUUCGUUUUAAACUAACAAUUGCACCUGAUAAAGCCUCUGUUGUAGUUAUGGUGGAAUGACACCUGCAACAAACAAUUAACCACGUUUUCCACUUAUGAAUUGUUAAUAGUUAUUUUUUGAAAAAUAAAUACCUGUGUUUUCAUCAAUGCAAA